AACACCUUCUUCUUCUCCAAAUCAAAUUGUCGGAUCAUUCUGUCUCUAUUGAAAAAUGUCAGGCCGCGGAAAGGGAGGGAAGGGUUUGGGAAAGGGAGGAGCCAAGAGGCAUCGUAAGGUUCUUAGAGACAACAUCCAAGGUAUUACCAAGCCAGCCAUUCGUCGUCUGGCUAGAAGAGGUGGAGUCAAGCGUAUCUCUGGUCUGAUCUACGAGGAGACAAGAGGGGUACUCAAGAUCUUUCUUGAGAAUGUGAUUCGCGAUGCUGUCACUUACACUGAGCAUGCUCGCAGGAAGACGGUGACUGCCAUGGAUGUGGUUUACGCCCUUAAGCGUCAGGGAAGAACCCUAUACGGUUUCGGCGGCUAGGGUCUUAAUCUGUCAAAUUUCUGUAACUGUUCUUUAUUUUUUGAGAAUUGAUGGUUCAGUUUUCAUACAUCUUUACCCUAAACUGUUGUCAGCUUGGUUGAAAUUCAACUGGGUUCUUCUGAUUACAUAGAAUUGUAAUUCGAUUGAUGAUUAAAUGAAAUAUAAUCUUGGCGCAAACUGGCGAUUUGU